GUAUUAGGCCUAUAUAAAGAUAAGAAAGUCAGUACAAAUAAGGCUGUUUUGGAAAAAUGCGAUAAUCCAAUAUCGAAUCUGGUGAUUUCAUGGCGGAAACUGAGUGCAACAAAAACAAAAAUCAUCCAGCCGUUAUUACAUUUGGCCCAAAAAGAUUCUCGAGUUCGUGGUAAUUGCAUUACUUGUACAGUGACAGGAAGAGUCUCGAUGCACGAACCAAAUUUGCAGAAUGUACCAAAGGAUUUUAGUUAUGCAGAUAAUAAUUUCGUAUUAAGUGUAAGAAUGGCGUUUGUGCCGGCUUUGGGCAACAUAAUGCUGUCUGCUGAUUAUUGUCAACUCGAAUUACGCCUCUUGACUCACUUUUCGCAAGAUUCAAUACUAUGUGAAAUCAUGAGGCAACCAGGUGAUAUUUUUAAAAGUAUCACUGCCAAAUGGAAUAAUGUACCAGAAGAAAAGGUAACGAUGGAGAUGCGUCAGCGCACCAAACAAUUAUGCUAUGGCAUGAUUUAUGGUAUGGGGGUGAAAUCAUUAGCUGAAAAUCUUUGUAUAAGCGAAACCGAAGCUCAGGAAUUUUUAGAAUCUUUUAUGAAUAUGUAUCCCGGCAUAUAUAAAUGGUUGAACGAUGUGCUGGAAAAAGCGCAUCGCGUUGCGUAUGUAACAACAUUACUCGGAAGGCGCAGACAGCUUCCGGAUUUAAACAGUACAAAGUCAUCUACGAGGGCACAAGCGGAACGACAAGCUGUAAACACAAAAGUACAAGGCUCUGCAGCAGAUAUAGUCAAAAAAGCUAUGAUAAAUAUAGAAGAGAGGAUAAGAUGCAACUUUCCGGAUUCGGCUAUUGUAUUCCCAGAGAUGCAUGCCACUCGCAAACUACGAAGCAAUAGUCGAGAGAUGCAACAAAGAGGCGGUUAUUUAGUUUUGCAAUUACACGAUGAAUUGUUAUAUGAAGUAAAUUUAGCAGAUCUGAAAGAGGUUGCUGCAAUAAUCAGAGAAUCAAUGGAAAAUGUAUGCCAACUUACUAUACCAUUACCAGUAAAAGUCAGAGUUGGGCCUGCAUGGGGCGAUUUAACCGAUUAUCAAUUUUAGCAGACGGUUCUAAUCGCGCGCACAUUAUUUCAUUUUUUUUAAAUCGAUAUUUCUAUUUUUAUAUAUUUUUUAUAAUUAAUCAUGUUGAAGUAUUUAUAGAUCAUGUGAAUAUUUAGUAGAUAUAUAUUUUACAUAUUCAUCUUUUAUAUUUAUGAGAAUUGUAAAUAUUCUAAAUUGUUUCUCUUAAUUUAUAUUAUUUACACAUAUUAUUUUUACAAAGAAUGAAGAAUUUGAAAUUUAUUGAAAUCGUAAAUAGUUUAGAAAACGAGAGAUCUAAUAUAUUCUCUUCUAACUAUCCAAUUAUAUUAUUACUGUACAUUUUAUCACAUUUUUCUUAAUUGAUCAUUGAAAUUAUUUCUGAGAAAGAGAAGAGAGAUCAGUACCAGUAUUUAAAAGUAAAAGUACUUUUUAUCUCUUCACAUAUUUUAUAUAUUUUCAAAAGAAGUUACAUAUUUUUUUAAUUACUUAUCUCACAAUCCUUAUCAUUAUCAUAUAUUAUACAUAUAUUGAAAAAUGGAGUUUAGCAUGUAAUAGAAAUUAUAAAUAGUUUUAUAUAAAGAAUAUUUUAUAA